CAGCACUUCUGAGGGAUACGUACUGUAGUCUUUGUUCUCCUGUGUAAAGUGUGUGUGUGUUUUAAAGAUGGAUGAGUAUGACAUCAUUGAUGCUGCUGAUAUUGAAGAAAUUAAAAUGUCACUAGCCACUGAAGAUCUGCCAUCAGCUGUUGGCAAGAUUAAGGAUUACUUUGCACAACAAGACCGUGUGGAACUGAACAUUGCUGUAACAGGAGAGUCUGGAUCUGGAAAGUCCACAUUUAUCAAUGCCUUCAGGGGUUUAGGGGAUGAAGAUGAAGACUCUGCAGAAACUGGUGUUGUAGAGACCACUACAGUGCCUACAGCGUACCCUUAUCCAAAAUUCCCCAAUGUCAAGUUGUGGGAUCUCCCUGGCAUUGGAACCCCCAGAUUCAAAGCUGAUGAAUAUCUCAAACAGGUUCAAUUUGAACGAUAUGAUUUUUUCAUCAUCAUAGCAUCAGAUCGUUUCAGAGAAUGCCACACCAAUCUGGCAGCAGAGAUACAAAAAAUGAAAAAGAAGUUUUAUUUUGUUCGCUCAAAGAUUGACAGCAACAUUGAGGCUGAAAAAAGAAAGAAGACAUUUAACAAAGAAACUAUACUGGAUAAAAUUCGAGAGAACUGCACUAAAGGUCUAGAAGAGACUGGUCUAAAGUCUCCCACUGUCUUCCUGAUCUCUUGCUUCGAACUCAGUCUCUAUGAUUUCAACCGUCUUGAGGAGACCAUGGAGAGGGAACUUCCCCAGCACAAGAGAGAUGUACUGAUGCUGGCACUUCCAACCAUCACUCUGGAGAUCAACGAGAGGAAAAAGAAGGCACUGCAGAGGAACAUAUGGAAGUUGUCUCUGCUCUCUGCCUCGGUUGCAGCUGUGCCGAUACCUGUUGUAAAUGCAGCUGCAUCAAUCAGUGUAGAUGUGGCCAUCUUGGUGUCAGAGCUUAAGAAAUAUUACAAUGCCUUCAAUUUGGACCCAGCCUCCAUACAGAAGCUUUCUGAGAGAUCAGAGAAGUCAGUAGAUGAGCUAAAAGCUGUGCUGAAAUCUCCUCUAAAUCAAGAAAUAACCAAAGAUCUGGUCAUUAAGUUGCUGACAGAUUCAAGUCUUUUUGCUGUAGAAUCAGCAGCAGAAUACUGGCUGGGUUUAAUUCCUGUUCUGGGAUCUCUGACAGCUGGGUCACUGUCCUUUGCUACUGUUUACUUCAUACUGCAGCGAUGUCUUAAUGAGCUCGCUGAAGAUGCCCACAAUGUGCUCAUGGCUGCAUUGCAAACAUCAGUAUAAAAAUGUAAAAAAGUACCCAUUCAACCUCCCGCAUUCCCUCAUUCUAAUUGUACUGACGUAAAUGCCAUUUAGCCAUCACAAUCAUUUCUUGCUCAGAUUUAUUUAGUGUUUUGUCAUUCAUUCUUUCUUUUUAAAAAAAUCAGAUUCAGGAUUAAUUAGUUUUGACUAUUAUUUAUGACUAUUACCUGAGUUUGUUGAUCUAUCAUAUUUUAUUUACUUUUUUUAACGGUUUGUUGUGUCACAUACCUAUAUUAAUUAAAUACAGCUUAAAAUGUAGGUAUGUUGUUUGCUGACCAAUUUAAGAAAUGCUGUUUAUGAUUGCUUAUUACACAAUUCUUUAUUACAUAAUGAUUUAUGAUGUUGAUGGUAGGGUGCUGGGUCUGACUGAAGGUAACCAGAGUAAAUAAUUAUCCUGGGUAGAAAAGAAAAGAGAAACAAAGACAACUACCUGUUAUAUCAUUGUAACCACAACAACAAAGUUUUCUGCAUGCCACUAAUCAAAAGCAAUAAAGUUAUUUCACUGGUGUGAUUAA